CGUUCACUUGAUGAUUAGUAUUAUCAGCCGAAGCCCAAUCAUCUUGUCAGGUUUUCGUGAUCGUGCGCGUUGUUGCGACAUCGUAGGAUUCAUAUAAAUUGUGGUUGUACCCUGGUCCGAUUCUUUUAUACUACAAGGUUGCGUGAACUUUGUUGCUUCAAUAUGGCCGACAUACAACCGCCAUCUUUUGUGGAGAGCCUUGCGAUCAAGGAGGUCGGCGAACAUGAAUUCGAGACGAUUCACCCACCGCAGCGCAUGGGAAAUGCUGCCAACAUAGCCUAUGGAGGCUACACCUCAGCCAUGGCCGCGAAGGCUGCUAGCAAGACUGUCCCCGAUAAUUACCAUCUAUAUUCUCUAAUGGGAAACUUCUUGGGACCCGCACUCAACGAUCGACCUCUGCAGGCAAAGGUCCGCAUCGUUCGACAAACCCGGACCUUCGCUACGAGGCAGGUGGAAGUCAGCCAAAAACAAGACGACGGCUCAAGUCGGUCCUGCAUGAUAGCCCUGGCAGACUUCCAGGUAGCAGAGCCAGCAAGCCUGCUUGAAUAUUCGGCCCCUCCGUCACGAAAGUAUAGCCAUUACGAAGGCCUGCAAAGAGGGCCCGAGCAGAGUCAGAAACUAGUCGACGACGGGAAAGUCACGCAGAAGCAACGAGACAUCUUCACGAAAUCCUUCGGCUUGAUGAGGACGGCGUUCGAGAUGCGGCCGUGCCCGGAAGGCAUGCUUUCCCAGAACUUGAACGGCGUUGCGAAGCAUGCGAAAACUACACAGGAUCACCUACCGCUUACCGAGAAGGCUUCCGCGGAUUGGACGCGCUCCCUUAACCCUCUUUCGGACCAGGCCGAGCAGGUCGCUGCGUUGAGUUGGUUCAUGGACGGUGCUCUCUCGUUUAGUCCGUUGUCGUUUAGCCACAUGUUUCUGGAUGAUGCGGCCGCGUGCUCAUCGUUGGACUUCGCGCUGAGGAUCUUCAGCAACAACAUCGACCUCGAGAAGUGGCAUCUGAGAGAGAUCAAGACUAUCGUCGGGGCAGAAGGGAGGACCUUUAGUGAAGGAAGGUUAUGGGAUGAGCAUGGUAAAGUGGUGGCAACGGCCACGCAACAGAGCAUCAUGAGGCCCCGGAAAGAGGGAAAGGGUCCAUCAAAGAGUAAACUUUAGAGCAUCAUUGCGAUCGUAGAAAGCACCACAAGAUUUUGUCAGGGGGGAAUUGUACUAGAGAUGUAGAGUUGUUUGUAUUAUUUACGGAAUCGAAAUCUUCAGUCAAGCAAACAAAGUAUCUUCAUGCUUGGCUUCCUUCGAAUCCGUCUCUACGUAUGCCAUGUAAUUAGGUAGCCUGGCGAACUUCCAAUAUGGUAACAAUCGAAUCCGCCCCAUAUUAUUACCAAC